AGCACUGCUGCGAGCAGGUGCCCAAGCUCUCCAUGCUGCUCCAGCAGUGGAAGCACGCGCGGCCGGUGCUCACGCAGGUGGCGGACCGCUCGGAGCGCCGCUUCGCCGCCGCCGCCCCGGAGGACGACCUCGCGCAGGAGAUGACGCACGACCUGGAGAUGAACUUCAACAAGGCGGCUGCAAUGACACCGCCAAGGAGCUCCAGGACCACGCGGCCAAGACCCAGGACACCCUCGUCGACGCC